UUAUCAGAAGCUUUUCUUUGAACUGAUGCGAGUGUUUCCUUUUCGUUCCGUACGAAUUCUGGGUUUUUGCGUCCUCAUUCCGUUCGGUUUGAUCGCGGGUUCCGUUUGUUUCCCCGAGGAAAGGAAAAGAAACGGGUUUGCUGUAGAAUGUGGAGUUACCGGCGCUGGUGAUCUUUGCUUUAGAUACAGAAACUUCUGUAUAGCGGACUGGAUUAGGUGCUGCGCUUGCCUGGUGUAGCCAAAAGAAUGCUAGCUCUGUCGCUGAGCUCUGCGACGGCAUCUGCAAAGAGUGGAGUUUAUGCAACGGAUUCAUCAUGGAGGAGGCAAUUCGACUUGACAAAGAGAACAUUCGCCACUUCAGGGUCAGAUGGACAGUCUAGUCAGUGUCGGUGCAUGCAGAGUUUUUCCUUUUCUGCCAACCUUAUUGCAGCGAGGCAAAGAAAAAAAGUUGCAGUCAGAGCCGGAUGGCUGUUUAAAGGGGGUGAAAAGGGGUUGGAUGCAAGCGCAGAGCAGAGUGAGAGUGCCAAUGAAGAUAUACUCAUGUUCUUUUUCCAGCUGGACCUGGCAACUCGUGUACAGUAUGCGCUGAAUUUGGAGCAGUACGAUAUUGCACAACAACUGAGAAACAAGCUUACAGAGGUUGAAACAGAAGUUAUCAAGCAGCAAGAAGCUAAAAGGGGAUCCUCUUCAAAGAGUGAAGCUCAAGAUAAGGCCAUAAGCAUCAUUCGGUUACGUGCAGAUUUGCAGAAAGCAGUUGAGAGAGAGGAUUAUGAAUUAGCAUCUAAGUUGCGAGACGAAAUUUCCAACUUGGAGGCAGAUUCACUGGCUGCAUCAGCCAAAGCCCUGGCAUAUGAGAAUGCACAAUAUGCUUUUCGUUUGGGCCAGAAAGUGAAGCAUAAAGUAUUCGGAUAUCGAGCUGUUGUCUGUGGGAUGGAUCCUGUGUGCUGUGAAUCGAAUUCUUGGAUGGAAGCUGCCCAGAUUCAAAAGUUGGAUAGAGGUUCCAAUCAGCCAUUUUACCAGGUUUUGGUCGAUGUAUAUGAGGAUCCAAAUUUACUAGUAACAUAUGUACCUGAGGAGAAUUUGGUAGCUCCUGACCAGCCAGACAAGGAUAGGUUCGACCAUCCCUAUAUUUCCAUUUUGUUUUACGGGAUGGAUGGUGCUGGAGAUUUCAUCCCAAUCAAGCAGCUGCGUGAAAAAUACAAUCGGCCUCGUCACGAAGUGCCCAUCGAUCCAAAAGAUCCAAAAUAUGGAGACAUUGCCUGAAUGGGUGACGGGUUCAGGUAGCUUCAUGUACCUCAAUUGGGCAUAUAGACUGUGUUGAUACGGAGCUCCCCAGUAUCGUGACCAUCGGGGUGAAGUAAGAUGCUUUUCGCUCUUAGCUUGCGGUUGUUUCGCUGUGAGUAACUCUGAAUGGCGUCAAUGACAUUGAUUUGCUAGUUGCUUGCUUGUAUGUAGUUACUACUUGAGCAUCGGUGUUGUCAUGCUAAUGACACGUGACUUCUUUCAUCCAGAGUGGAAUGUCGAAUAUCACUAGCUUGCCAGAA